GGGGGAGGAAGGACUGGCUGUGGCAACUGGUGCUUACUGUGGAUGUGGAUUUGGUCUGCCUAUGUGUGCAUGUGUGGGUGUGUAUGGGUAUGGCGUGUGCUGGUGGCUAUUGUGCGCAUUGGUGGUGAUGGUGGUGGUGGUGGUGGUGCGUGCCUGGUGCGUGGUUGCGGACAGAUGUACGAGGUGACGAUCACAAAGGGUCGGACGACGUGGAAGGUGCAUCGGCCAGAGCAGUCACUGAAGUGGCUGGCAGAUCGGAUGAAGGCCAACAAAGUGAAGAAUACGCCCAAGUUCAAGGGACUCAAGAAGCUCAAGCGCAAGGCGACGCCGAUGGACAUCCAGGAGCGCGAGCGGGCGGUGGAGAUCUUUCUUGGCCAGCUGGUGAGCGCAGUGGGCGUGGCAAGCAUUGCGCUCCACACACCGCUCCGGUCGUGGCUCGAGGUCGACGAGGAGGGUCGGCACGGCAAGUCAAAGCUCGUGUCAGGGAUCAACGCCCGGGCGGUGUGCGUGGUCAAGGCGCUGCAGAGCUACGAUGCGCGCGACGACCGUGAGCUCUCGUUUGCCGCCAACGACAUCAUUUCUAUCAUCGACGACUCGGGCACCGACUGGUGGAAGGCCAAGAUGGGGACUCGCGUGGGCAUGGUUCCCGCGGCCUACGUCGAGCUCGUGGCACGGACCGGGCCGGGCAAGGUCCUCUCCAAAUCGGACCAGAUCGGCACAACGCCCGGGGUGCCCGACGGGAAGUCGCUUAUCUCGGCGGUCAAGGCCAUUGCCGACUACUCUGACCCGGACCCGUCAAUGCUCUCGUUCUCUACCGGCGAGAUUAUCGCCGUCACCAAGCAGGAAGACUCGGGCUGGUGGGAGGGGACUGGCCAGUCGGGCCGCUCCGGCUGGUUCCCAUCGUCGUAUGUCGAGUCCAUCACCGCUGCGCCCGCAGACCGCAAGAUCUCCGAGGCCGCCCGCCUCGAGCUCGAGCUGUCGGGCUACUAUGGGCCGUCCAAGCCGACUGCCCCUCCUCCAGUAGCCUCCUACGGCGGUGGGCCGGCACCGGCACCGUCGUUUGGCGGCGGGCCGCCGCCAGCGCCGUCGUUUGGCGGCGGACCGACACCACCGCCGAUGCCUGCAAAGGCCGCCGCGCCGCCGCCGGCCGCCACCUCAUACUACGACACCGGCGCCGACGACAGCUACAACUACGGCGGCGGCGACGAGGACUACAACUAUGGCGGAGAGGACUACGGCUACACCGCCGGCGAGCCUGACUCAAAGGCACUGUACGACUAUGCGCCGACAGGACCAGACCAGAUCGCGCUGCGCGCCGGUGAGUUGGUCAUCUUUGACGAGGACUACGGCGACGGAUGGUCGUCGGGCACCAACGAGGCCGGCGAGUACGGAGUCUUCCCCACCUCGUAUGUCGACUAUCUGUAGCUGGGAGCGAAUAAAGCGCCAUCUGAGAAAUA